CAAAUGAGCUAGAGGAUGAAGAACCUGCGGGGGUCUCGAGCCAAAGAAGAAACUAAACACAAACAGACGAGGAAUCUGCCGAAUUCAAACGACAGAAAGAGAAAACGCACUCGUUCGUCGCAGUCUGAAAAUCAGGGUUCUGAAGAAGGUCGUUUCCAUCAGGAUCUGACCUCUCAGGGCAUUAGAGGAGAGAAGGUUUGGUUCAACCGCAGCAUAUAUGAGCAGGCCAACGACGCUUAUCAAUCCUUGUUGAGUGCAGGGAUCGGGACACCUCCGGUUUCGUCCUCCUCAAAAGAUCGAAUUCCCUGUACCCUGGUCUUCAGGGCUAAACGCAACUGUGUGCAACAACUGCAAGAGGAGGAGAACCAAACUUACACCCGUUCCUAUGCGUCACGUCAACAGCAGCAGGGUUCGACGCACCAGCGCUCCUCGUCUGAACCCGAUCGGCAGCUCCCAAAAAGUAGCAGGAAGAGGGUCUUCUCUGAGACCAAACGCACCCCUCAGAAAAGGGACAACAUCACAAUGAGUGGACUUCAGGGACUCGCCCAGGAGAACAUCUGGUUUGACAAGUCCACAUACGAUGAGGCUGAGAGACGCUUCUACGAGGGCACGAACGGCAUCCCUCAGACAUCUCAGUGUCAGAAUGCCAGCAAGUCUGAGGAUCAGAGUGAGCUGGUCUCUCGUCUAAAGAGUCUGGAACUGGACAACAAGAAUCUGCACAAAGUGGUGGAUGAUCUGAGAGCCGUGCUGUCCAAACUGGAGUCCAGAAUGGCUGUACUGGAAAAGAGCCAAGCGCCUGCUUCAAAGACUGUUACUGUUACAAAGGCUGCUCCUGUCCAGAAGCCCAAGGUUGAGGAACAUAAUGGCGCUGAUGACGACGAUGACGAUAUUGACCUGUUUGGCAGUGAUGAGGAAGAUGAGGAGGCAGAGCGUAUCAAAGCAGAGAGGGUGAAGGAAUAUGCCCAGAGGAAAGCCAAAAAACCAGCCCUCAUCGCCAAAUCCUCCAUCCUGCUGGACGUCAAACCUUGGGACGACGAGACAGAUAUGUUGAAGCUGGAGGAGUGCGUGCGCUCCAUACAGAUGGACGGCCUCCUGUGGGGAGCUUCUAAACUGGUUCCUGUCGGCUAUGGCAUCAAAAAGCUGCAGAUCAGCUGUGUGGUAGAAGACGAUAAAGUGGGAACAGACAUUCUGGAAGAGGAGAUCACCAUAUUUGAGGACUAUGUCCAGAGUGUCGACAUCGCUGCCUUCAACAAGAUCUGAGCCUCUCGCCUCAAACAACCACCUCACACUGGGUUACUGCUGCUUUUAUAUCACACGGUUACCAAUAAACUGUUCAGCCACGUGAA